AGUCACAUCAGCCUAAAUGCAGAAAUCUUUGUCUACUGACUGCUCAUAUAUGUGGUUUGUAUUUUCUGUAUAUACUGUACAUGUUCAAGUAUCUUAUUUUUGGGUUUACCAAGUUGUAUAUGACACACUUGCAGGUCUCUAUCCUCUGUGAAUUCCCCAACAGACCCAACAGAGGAUUAAAUGAGCUGCGUCCCAGGACGAUGGAUUGGAGUCAGUCGACACAAGCACAGCGUGAUGCUUUCAUCUGGUUCACAGAGUCCCAACUCCGGCUCGUGAUCAGGAACGGUGUCGUCCCAGAGUGGUUUCAUGGGAUCAUCUCCAGGAAGAUGGCAGAGGAACUGCUGAUGUCCAAGCCCCCUGGCUACUUCCUCAUCCGAAUCAGUGAGAGCAGGAUUGGCUACACUCUCUCAUACCGUGCUGAGGACCGCUGCAGACAUUUCAUGAUCGAUGCGUUGGAGGACGGCCAGUAUAUCAUAGUAGGGGAGGACAGGCGUCACCGGGUUCUGCAGGAUCUGGUGGACUUUCACCGUAGGAAUCCCAUCAUGCCUUUCAGUGAGGUGCUGACUGUUGCGUGUGGGCAGGCCUCAGGUGGCAAGACCGACUACGCAGAGCUGCUGUUUCCCCAAAGACAUCUGAAUCCCAACACAAGCUGGCUACCGAACGUCCCCCUGCAUCCCAGCAUAAGUCACCCACCAUCACAGGAAGAUAUCCCACCUGCCCUUCCUUAUCGGCCAAAUAACUUGAGGAACUCUGCACUCCCGUCUGCAAACAGACUUUACCCUAGUUUGGAGGAGGAAUUUCCACACAUCACCAUCCCUCUCCCUGCCACGCCUUUGCCAAAACCGAGACAUUUGGCCAUCAAUCUUCCAUCCAACCAGCCUCCUGAGGUCCCUGCUCGGACCCCUUUACCUCCACUGAAGCAGAACCAGGCUUGUAUGAGGACAGUCUCUGCACCUGAGAGCGCCGCCACACCCUCACCCUCACCCUCACCCACAACCACUGAGCACCCACUCAGCGCCAACCUCCAGCCUGCAAAGAACCAGGAAUGCAAGCUGUCAGUCGUCUCCAACCUGAAGAACUUCAAGAAGAAAUUCCAAAAGAAGAACAACACGCCGCAGGAGGUGACUGAGAAUGAGUACCACGAGAUCGCAAUGGAGCACACCUUCAGUGCUCCACCAUUUACCUACACUUGCGCUGUGAUUGAAGGAGGAGGGUUACCUCAGGAGUAUCUGCCACCUCCACCUUUUGCUCCAGGCCACUGACACAUGACUGCUCCCUUAGAAAAAUAAUGCAUAGAUGGAUUCAACCCCAUGUGGGUGGAGGACAGAAGCAAGAAAAAGGAGCAAUAGCCUGCACACUGAAGUUGAACUCUUACAAAUAAUGCAUCAUUUCAACCUUCAAGAAGUGUGGAGUAAAAGCUAUAUAAUAGGUUAAACUGCUGUUUGUACGUGACUGUGAUUACUGCCACUUUUGAGCGCUUUAUCUUUUAUUUAUUUGCUGGUUUAUUCAACGGAGACACUACAGAUAAAUAUUGUUACAUGAGGAGUAAUGCAACAAAUGUAUUUAACAUACCCAUUUCCCUAAUGCUAAUUACAAGCCUCUUCUUUGGCUUUUAAAUUCCGGUGAAUUGUUUAUAUAUGCCUCUCUGUCGCUGUUAUGUUUUAAAAAAUGUAUGAAAGGGCAGCAGGAGGAAGUUGAUGCAAAAGGACUGCUUUGAAUACAGGUCUGGUGCAGAUCUAUUAUCAGCAACAUGACAGGGAAGCUGGAAAAUGCAGACACAGGUCAAACUUGUUUUACAGGAACAUACAGGUGGGUCAAAUUCACUUUUACAUAGUGUCUAUACGUGGAAUUCAAGGUAUUUACCCAGAGACAUUUCAUUUUUACUGCCAGUGACUGUCAGACCCUUGUUUUUAAUGUGAUUAUGAAGCAUCUAGACCAUGUGAUCUGAAUAUGUUACACUUAUUUUUACUACUAUGUCUACGCAAAGCAUCUUAUUUUGUUACGUGAUGGAGUAAAUAAAUGACCUUUAAUAAAUG